AUGAAGUACAGAAAAUUCAUUCGAUUUGAUUGUUUCGCUUAUCUCAAAGUCUUUUUUGCAAUAAAUAUCAUACAGCAGUGUACUGAUGCCACAGUGCAGUUUCAAACUUUUUCCAGGCUAAAAAUGGAACUCAAUAGAACUAGUCUAGUUUUAACUCUCGUUCAUAUCGCUUUGUCGCCGAUUGUUGAAGCGUUUCUGACACAAAAUCCAGUGACACAGGCUUUGUGCGGCUUGAGAACGGAUCAACUCAUAAAAUAUUAUGGAUAUGAAGCGGAAAUACACAAAGUUACUACUCACGAUGGGUAUAUUUUAACGUUGUUUCGUUGCAAUUCGAAGAAUUCAUCACUGAGCGGGGAGAGGAAAUCCGUUAUCGUUCAACAUGGCCUUUUGGUUUCAUCAGACGAUUUUUGCAUCAAUGUUCCAAGUCAAGCAUUGGCAUACGUCUUAGCUGAUGCCGGAUAUGAUAUUUGGCUACCGAAUUUUCGUGGCAGCUAUUAUUCCAGAAAUCACGUUUCUGAAGAUCCAAAUGAUUUGUUCGGUGGCUACUGGAAUUUCUCGUGGUACGAAAUGGGCAUUUAUGAUCAUCCAGCCGUUAUUGACUACAUUCUCAAAGAGACUGGAAACGAAAAGUUGUAUUACAUUGGUUACUCGCAAGGUUCUACAAGUAUCAUGGUUUUAUUGUCCGAAAAACCGGAAUAUAAUGCGAAAAUUUACGCUGCAAGUCUAAUGGCACCAGCUGUUUACAUGGCCGGUGAUGGACCUAUUUAUCAAAUUCUAUCGAGGUUUGCACCGAUUCUACAAGGCAUUGCAAGCACGGAAUUUUUACCCAGAAGUGAUUUAAUAUCGAAAUUGCUAAUUUUAAUCUGCAGUCGUGAUUUGAACUUGUGCAAUGCUUUUGUGGAUUUAAUUUGUGGCUUGAGUUUGGAUCAAAGGAAUAAUACAAUGUUGCCAGCAUUCGUCUGUCACAUUCCAAGCGGUGCGUCUCUCAAACAAAUCAUCCAUUAUGGCCAAGAGAUUAAAUACGGUUUCUUUGGGAAAUACAAAUACGGUGUUGACAUACCAGAGGAUUUUCCACUCCAUCGAAUCACUGCGCCAAUCAGUAUUCAUUAUUCGGUAGCCGAUACACUGGCAAAUGCAAGAGAUGCCCGCAUUUUAAUAUCCAAAUUGAAAACCAAAGAUCUUUAUUCCCAGGAAAUCCAAGGACAGUUUAAUCAUAUCGAUUUCGUGUGGGGCAUGAAUUCCGCCUCGUUGAUUUACACGAAGAUUUUGCAAUUUUUCGAUAAAUAUCAAUAAAAUGCUUCGAAACCUUAUAAAUGCAUCUCUCUUUUUUUAUCUAAUCGUGGCGUAUUAACUGUAAAUUUAUCUAUAAACGUGCAAGAAUCGUA